AUGUCAAUACAUGUACAAACAAGAGCUGAAGUACAGGACUGGGUAGAAGCGACAAAUAGACGAAGAGAACAGGCUACUAUUCAUGGCACAGCAUCAGACGCAGCUUGCUGGUGUCCUCCACAACUUCCAUUUGUUAAAUGCAAUUAUGAUGCAAGAUUUGAUGAGAUUAAUCAACAAGUAACAGGAGGAUGGAUUAUCCGUGAUCACACAGGGGAAAGUUUAGCAUGGGGAGCAAACAAAUUAGGAUCAUCAAGAUCACCGCUAGAGGCGGAAACAAAGGCAUUAAUGGGAGCAAUACAACAAGUUUGGAUAAGAGGUUUUACUUUGGUUCUCUUUGAAGGAGAUUGCGCAAUUCUCAUUAACAACAUCAAUGGCAAAACGACUAAUGUAGCUAUUCGGAGUAUUUGCAUGGACAUAGCUUGUUGGGCAACAAAGUUCAAGGAAUCAAGAUUUGACUUCGUACGACGCACUUGCAACCGCUCAGCUCAUGUUUUAGCAAAAUAUGGAUGUACAAGUCUCCUUGGCUAA